AUGGUUUCCAAGACUUUUACGGUUGUGGUCUGUCAUGGCUCCUACCAUACCCCGGCCCCAUAUCAACCUCUUGUGGAUGCCUUGACUGCGAAGGGAAUCGAAACCUAUUGUCCCCAGCGGCCGACUUGUGAUCUCAGUCAGCUCAAUGUCGGCAAUCCCAACAACCCAGAUUUCGAUCGCAGGGCUCCCCCAGGAGGCUACCCUCUCCCUGCGGAUGACGCGGCAGAGAUUGGGCUGUUGCUCGACAAGUUGAUUGCACAGGGUAAGUCGGACACUCUUCCGGUGGUUGGGUCGCCGCUGAGGCUGCACAAUAUUUCUCGCCAAGCUCCCGUCCGUGCAAGGGAAGGAAAGAUGGGUGGUGUGAUUGGGAUUUUCUUCAUCGGGGCAUUUAUUGUUCCGCAAGGCCAAUCAGUACACUCAUUCUUCCAGCCCCCGGACGGAAAAGUUGUUGUCCCCCCGUUUAUGCGAUUCCAUAAACAUGGCAUCAAUGGCCUUGGGACCAUGGUUGACCCUGAAAAUUACCUGUUCAACGACCUUGACCCAGCAACCGCGAAGAAGUGGGCAUCCACGUUGACAGCAGCUCCCGUUAUGAACAGUCCCCUCACCCACAAUCCUUAUGAUGUUCUGCCGUGCGCCUAUCUUGUGUUAGAAAAGGAUCGUACAUUGCUCAAGGAAUAUCAGGAGGGAAUGGCGGCAAGUCAGAGCAAGCCAUUCACGGUCUACCAUGCACCAUGUGGUCACUCGCCGCACCUUAGUUGGACAAAUGAGCUCGCGGGGAAGAUAGAGGAUUUUGGAAAGGAAGUUCUAACUGAAAGCACUGCAUAUUAA